UCCAACAAAUAAAUCUCUCUUUUCUUCUCCCUCUUUUAGUUUUCUUCCUCCAAUGUCUACAAGCAACAAGAAAAAUAUGCUCAAAACGAUGUUCUCAGCCAAUGCAGGCUGUGGAUGUGGCAAGAUGAAACCCUCAGAUGUGUAUGAACCAAAGCCACGACUCAAAAAGACCUUAAUAUCCCAUAAUAUUUCAAACCCUUGUUAUUCUUCGAGUUCUUGUGGGAAAACCAAUGGCAAAUCAUCGUCAACCUUAGUGGACAAUGAAGACUUCUCUUCCCCUACAUUCUCCUUCAACGUUGGCACUUCCACUUCCACACAAAACUCUGAAUCCGAAACCGACCCAACAAAACCCUCGAAGCUCCCCAGCCCAGGCCCUAAAAUCGUUGACAGCAUUGCAGUUGUGAAGGAAUCAAACGACCCGUAUCAAGAUUUUCGGCAUUCGAUGUUGCAGAUGAUAAUUGAGAAAGAAAUCUACAACAAAGAUGAUCUUCAAGAGCUUCUGAAUUGCUUCUUGCGGCUGAAUUCUCCAAUCCACCGUGAUGUUAUUGUUCGAGCUUUCACAGAGAUCUGGAAUGAAGACAUCUCCAAGAACGUGGAUCAUUCAAAAAGCUUAGUUUGAUGGUGGCACAUGUGAGAGUUGAGUUCACACGUGGGUGAUGGAUGAGAGGGGGAAAUGGGCUC